UUUUUUUUUUUUUUUUUUUGGGGGGAGGAAAUUAAAAAUAUAUAUAUAGAUCUGUAAGCUCCAGGAUGAUCUUUGCAAACACAGGCAACCCGCUGAAGACAGCCAAUCGCAAACAGUCCUACCCCAUGACUCCGUCCAGUCCCGGCAGCAGCAGCAACAGCAGCAGCACAGGCCUGGAGCAGCUCAGCAAAACCAACCUGUACAUCCGCGGCCUGCCUCCUGCUACUACAGACCUGGACCUGGUCAAACUCUGUCACCAGUAUGGCAAGAUUCAGUCAGCCAAGGCAAUCCUGGACAAGACAACCAACAAAUGUAAAGGUUACGGCUUUGUGGACUUUGACAGCCCGGGGGCUGCUUUAAAAGCAGUACAUGCUCUGAAAACCAGCGGCAUACAGGCCCAGAUGGCCAAGCAGCAACAGGAGCAGGACCCAACAAAUCUGUACAUUUCCAACCUGCCUCUCUCUGUGGAUGAGAAAGAGUUGGAGAACAUGCUGCAGCCCUUCGGCCAGGUCGUCUCCACGCGGAUCCUCCGGGACUACAGCGGCAACAGCAGAGGCGUGGGCUUCGCCAGGAUGGACACAACAGAGCAGUGUAACGCUGUCAUUUCCCACUUCAAUGGGAAGUUUAUCAAGAUCUCUUCUGGAGCUAUGGCUCCCUCUCAGCCCUUGCUGUGUAAGUUUGCAGACAGUCAAAGGAAGAAACAUGCUCACAGCGGAUUUGUUCCCAAUGGACAGACGGGGGAUCUCAGACUAGGUGCAAUGACUCUCACCUAUGACCCCUCCUCAGCAGCUAUACAGAACGGGUACUACCCUUCUCCGUAUCCAGUGGGCAACAGGAUAAUGACUGUUCAGCCUACGAUGUCUCCCUACAUGUCUCCAGUCUCUGCUUACCAGGUUCAGAGUCAUUCUUGGGUGGCACAUCAACCAUAUAUCAUGCAACACCCGGGUGCUGUAAUGUCUCCCUCUGUGGAUCCCUCCAUGUCACUGCACCCUUCAGCCAUGAUCACUCAGCAGAUGGGCCAGCUGUCACUGGGAAACACUGGAGCGUAUAUUUCAGCCAACCCUGGUGUCCAGGGAGCUUACAUGCCUCAGUAUCCUCCCAUGCAGGCAGCACCUGAAAACGGCACGCCGCAACAAGUGGAUUCUUCCAAUAACUCGUCUCCUUACAGUCAGCUCAGCAAGUAAUCACAGGCUAUAGAUUCCCACUCUGUGAGCCAGAGGGCAGGUGGGAGGUUGCCGAUGACAUCACAGUGGUAACAGUUACCGCCUUCUCUGAUUGGACCAGAUACAUGAACUUUUUUGCACAGCCCCGACGUUUGUGGUGAAGAAUUGAGGACAGUGUAAAUGGACUCAAGCAGUUGGCUAAUCACAGAAAAAAAAAAAAAAAAAGAUUUAUUUUGAUAAGAAACAACAUGCUCUUUUUUUUCUCUUUUUUCAAGGAUUCUCAAACAAAUGCCAGAGGA